UGCCAGGUGGGUAGGCAGGUGGUGGAUGAAUGGGUUCCUCCACAGCCCUAGGGCGGGGGGUGAUUAGGGUCUUCUACAGCCCUGGGGGUGCUGUGGGCCUGGGAAGGAGUUUUCUAAACUGCUGUUCACUCUGGGACCUACUGAUGGCUCUGCCCCUCCCAGUCCAGGCAGGCACCACCUACGUGGUUGGUAUUGCCCCCCAGCCACUAGGGGGUACAGUGAAGGUGGAGCCUGCUACCUCUGAGCCUCCAGUCCCACCUGAGGCUGUUCAUCCUGGUCCCUAUUGAUGGCUCUGCCCACCUUUCCCUCCCCAGCAGGCACCAGGUGAGAAUACAUGGGGGUUAGUGAUGUCCCCCCAGGCACUUGGGUGCUGUGAAGGCAGGACCUGCAGCCCUGGAGCCUCCAUUGCGAUCCACGGCUGUUUACUCUGGUCCCUACUGAUGGCAGCAUUCCUUUUCCACUCCAGCUGGCAACUGCUGAGCAUGUGCGCCCGGUGGCAGCGGACGUGGUGACAUGGCGUGGGCACCUCACCAAAGUGGUGACAACGCCGUACGAGCGGCGUGAGGGCUGGCUUCUGGCUGCCACCCGCUUCCGUGGCACCAUCUACGUUAGCGAGGUGGAGACGGUGGCCGCCCGUGCCCAGCGUCUGGCCCGGUCCGAGGACCUGCGGCGCCUCAUCUACAUGGGCUACAAGUUUGAGCAGUACAUGUGUGCUGCAGAGCGGGCGGGGGGCGGUGCAGCACCUGGGGGGGUGGUGAACACCAACGCUGCCUACUGCACGGUGCUGCGCGCCCGCCUGGGCCCCCACUCGCUGCUCUUCGCCGCCGAGGUGGACUGCGCUGACCCCGCCCCUGCCCCUGCCCCUACCCGCUACGUCGAGCUCAAGACCACAGCCACCCCCACCGUCUCUGCCCAGCACCGCGCCUUCCGGCGCAAGCUGCUGAAGUGGUGGGCGCAGUCAUUCCUGCCUGGGGUGCCACGUGUAGUGACCGGGCUGCGAGAGCCUGACGGCUCCGUGGCUGCACUGGAGACCUACGAGACGGCUGCCAUGUUCCAGCUUGUGCGGGAUGACCCCGGGGCCUGGCAGCCGGCUGCCUGCAUGAACUUUGCCUUGGCCUUUCUGGACUUCCUUUCUCACGUUGUGACCCAAGACGACCCCCGGCUGGUGACCCUGUUCGCAUGGGAGCCUGGCUGUCAUGUGUCUUGGACCCGGCACCGUGACUCCGACUACAACUUCCUGCCCACCUGGUACACCGAGGCCUUGACCCAGGACCCAAGCCCCCCACAGCCCCCCCAGGCUCCCCCCAACCUGGCAGCCCCCCAGUAAAGCCUUGGGGGCUGACGGAGCCACCCCCACGCCUUUGCUGUC